AUGCCAACCACAACCAAGCGGUACAUGAAGGGCGAGAAAAAGGUAAGAACCAUUUAAAUAAACGGUGACGUCGAACACCGCCUAAAGGUGGGAGCGCUACCAAAGUAAGAAUAUGACCCUCGGAUCCGACUAAGGCUGAUAGACAACUAAGGUCCGAACCGCUGAACCGAUCUGAAAGAAAAACAAGGUAUAAUAACGGAAAUAAAUCCAGAAUCAGUGAAUGGGCAAAACCCAAGAGAACCCACCAUAAGAGCAUGACAAAAAUGCGUGUACCCCCUGAGGAGAUGAACAGUCGACAACAGUCGUACGCGCUACCUUAUCUAAUUAAUAUGGCAGUCCAUGGUAACAAAGUAACCGAACAAUACCCGAACUCUGCUGAAGCGGAGAUCAUAAUUCCAAAGUACCAGCAGACCGAGGCACCUGUAGAAAGGUCCUGA